AGUGGACGAUUAUGUUUUUUCAGCUCCUUGGUGAUGUUAUAAACAUGUCAAAGGUCGAAUCUACAAAGCAUGCUGGGAAGAAAACAUGGCUGACAAUGGUCGUGGGGAGGGCGCAAUUUUCGAAUUCCAGCCUUUUUCGUCAGCUUCCUCGCAUUCUUAGCACCCCAACAUAACGUGACAUUUACAUCUCAAUCCCACAAAACGAUCAAAACCUUCGUUACAGAUGAUUCGAACGCUGGACCCAUCAGUCCGUGCUCAACUCCGUUCCGGGGUGUCCGUGCCUUCUGUAGCACAGUGCGUGGAGGAAUUGGUUCUCAACAGCCUGGAUGCGGCAGCAACAUGUGUUGCCGUCCGGAUCGAUUUGGAGAACUUUUGGAUACAGGUUGUUGACAAUGGGCACGGGAUCCCGAAAGACCAAUUGUCUAUAGUCGGAGACAGAUAUGCUACCAGCAAGUGUCACACAGUCACUGAUCUGGAGAGUCUGAGCUUCUUUGGGUACAGGGGAGAAGCACUGGCCAGUAUAGCCCAGGUUUGUGCUGUGUUGGAGAUUGAAUCACGACAUAAGGCUAGCACCAAGGUCAGCACCAAGGUUUUCCGACAUGGCAAGGUUGUUAGUAUCUUUGAGUCCAAAGCUCACAGGCCUACCUAUGGGACAACUGUCACAGUUCACAAUGUGUUCCAUAACCUUCCUGUCAGACAAAAGUUUGUCUCUGUAUCAUUGGAGCGAGAGCGAAUCAGGGAACGAGUGGCUGCCAUAGCCUUGAUCCACCCCGGUGUGUCAUUCACUCUGCGGAAUGAAAACGUAGGUGGAAAAUACCUCCAGACACACAAGACCAACUCACUGGUUUCAUGCUUUGGUUCCUUGUUUGGAACUAAAAAGUCCAUGUCUCUGAGGGAGGCUUCUCACCAACAUGAACAGUUUAAAAUCUCUGGCUACAUCAGCAGAGAAGGGCACAGGAACAAGGACCUGCAGUUUCUAUACAUCAACAACAGACUGAUUCUGAGGACCAAGGUGCAUAAAUUCUUAAACCUGCUGUUGUCAAAGUCAACAGUGAUAAACAGACGGGCAGGCCAGUGGGAACCCAGGACACCUACAGUUAGAGAUAACAGUGCUACUGAUGCCUCAAGUCCAGGGAAGCAAAGAGAUUAUUAUGGGAUGUUUGGUGUGCAGGACAUGGUGCAGAAGUUUUUGAAGAAGAAAAACCUGACCAUUAGUCUAGACUUAAAUGUAGGAGAACACAUGGGUAGUCUUUUGCAAGAUGAAGAAAUCACCACCAGGGAAGCCAGCACUGGUAAAGCAGGAACAGUAGGUGCAGAAAUACAGACAGUAACAAAUAACAGUGAUGUGGACUAUGGAGAAGGCAUCAGCACUCUCAGCAGUAAUGCUAUACUCCACUCUAAGACUGUCAGCCGCUUAUCACAUAUGCAACCUGGCAGCACCUGUCACACAGAAGAGCUAGGACUUGUAGAUGAUGCUAUUUAUGAGGAAGGCAUUUGGAAAGCUUCAGUAGAGGAAUCACAUCAGUUAAGCAAGUCAGUUAACAUUGAACAAUUAAGUCAAGAAGACAAGAACCUAUUGCCAAGAGAAUACAAGCAAAAUUCUAUACAUGCUGACAUUGAAUCACAUGCACAAAGUCCAACUAGUGCCAGAGUAGAAAGCAAGGGAGUGGAGGUUGCAUCUAAAGAAACAACUGGUAUAGAUGACACUAUGGAUGAUACUUUUGACUAUGGUCCAUCUGUCUCUCAAGGCUGCUUCAAUGAAUCGUUGUCUACUUCAAAUUUCCUGAAUAACUCCUUUCUCCUGGAAAAUGACAUACAACCACUAAUAGUGAAUACUGAUAUGGAAUCAUCAACUAUUGGUUCUGUACCAGUUCCAGAUUUUUCUGGUCAUCAGUUUCAAACAGUAGCUGACAGCAAUGAACAUGAUAACAGACAAAAGGAAGAGUUUGUCCACUGUAGCUCAAAUCAAGUUAUUACUUCACCUCUGAAACAACUUUUUACAAGUAUUAAAGCAACUCGUUCCAAUCCAAAUUUCAAGGAGUCCAGGACUGUUUCCAGAAGUGAGCUUAAUGAUUCAGGUGUAGAGCUGUCUGAUGAAGGAAAAGCACCAGAGAAAACUAGUUUGUCCAAAUUUUCCAAUACUUCAAAGAUCACCUUGAGUGGAAAGAAGCAACUGUCCUUAUCAUCAAAGCUGUCCAAGAUGGCUAAUAUCUCCACUGAUGAUGACACGGAUCAUGCCAGGCCAUCACCUGUUGACCUCAGAAAAGAUACUUUAUCACAGGUAGAUCCCAGACCCCAACAGAAGUACCACCUGAGGCUUGGCAAUGCUAAGGAUGGCAUAUCAAAUUGCACCAGAAAUGGAAACAAUGAUCAGAGUGGACUUGUAGCCUUAGAUAGAGCAAAACCAAUGAGUUCUCUUGGGUUGUUCAAAAUGUCACAAGCAGAGUUGGGGAGAACAUUGCAAUGUCCAGGAGAUACUGAUAAGUCCUAUGAAAGUAAUGCCACAAAAGGCAUACUUAAAGAUGAUAGAAGACCAGUGUCUGAUAUGAAGGAUGAUGGUUCCUGUCAUUCUGGCAGUAGAGUUGUUAGAUCAACCACAACAAGCACAUGUCCUGGCAAUGUGAGUCCCAGCAUAUGCAUCAACAGAAGUAGCUGUAAAUCCAGUCCUGCAAUCUCACUGAAAAGAUCUUACUCACAGCUGUCCUUGCAGAAGCUUUCCAAGCGGGUGAGACUGUUUAGUGGUGAUGCAACUCUGCAGAAGUAUCUUUCAACAGGACACCAGAGUAAAGAGCAAAAAGUCUCAUCCGAUACUCAGAGUAAUAUAAUGAAGAAGGAAGGUAAAACUGAGCAAAAGUCCAAGCUAGCAGUUUUCAAAGCACCACAUGUAAAGAGAGUGACAAUUGAAAAUGUGAAUGAUAAUCUUCCCAGGGUUCAUAAAGAAGUUACCACUGAAUCUUCCUUGAACCAUGAAAGCAGUGAAAAAAACAUGAGGAACCUUGUCAUUGACUGCAAACAUGUAUCAGGUGACAAGUAUUCAGUGCCCUGUAGAGUUGAUAACCAAGCAACGGUGAAGAGAACAUUUGUGACAUCUGACAACUUAUUGCAAACUCCAAGUAGAGUUCUGCUUCAGAAAGCUUACCAAUGUGAUGGUGGUCUAAAAUCACAAGAAGGUCAUAAAGCUGAAUCUCCAUUGCCUCCCUUGUCUGGACAAACAGAACAGAUCAAGCUGCCAUAUCCAGCUAGCCAUACAGAAAGUGCACAUGUAGCAAUGGGAUGGCAGGGUGUCAAUGAAGUAACCUAUGAGUCCCAUGGCGGGAGGCAUCAUCUUGUAGACACAACUGGCUCCAUGUUGUGUAAUCCUGGUGAAAGUGUAGAUGUGAAAGAGAAAAUGAAAACUGGUACCAAAGAUCUAAGACAUGAGACUUUAGAUUUGAUGAACACUCCUUCAGAACAGGGGAUGAAGAACAGUCUUGCUCAUUCUGUUCCUUCUCAUGACAAAGGUUUGGAUCUUCAACACUGCAGAUCUCUAUCUUCAGAUGAAACAGACACAUUUGUCUUCUCUCCAAAGGCCACAUUCAAGAAUGUCACUAUGGAAUCUGUCUUUUCCAGUGAGAAAUUUCAAGAAGAAACUACAGAGGUGCUCCACUCUGUCUACAACCUGCAGGGGGUCAACAGAGACAGCUGUGGGGGGAUGGGAGUGGAUAGUGCUGGCUCUUGUAGAGCUGAAAAGGAAAAGCUUAAAGAUGAUGGCAACAAUACAAAAUUGGAUCACGGAUGUGAACAGAUUGUUCCGGGGAGUCAUGAAUCAAUUGACUUAACAUGCCAGCCAGCUGAGUAUGGUUCUGAAGACUUUUCGAAAGAAGCUAUUGGGGACAGCUUACACUAUAGGCCUUUGUGUAAGGACAGACAAUGUGACCAAAUGAGUGGUGUUGAUAAUCCCAAUCCAGAUGGUGCACAAAUAGCAGUAAGGGCUGUAACAACCAGACAGCAUAAUGACUCAAGUCCCGAUGUCACAGCUACAUCCUCUGCAGAAUGCCACAGUAAGGUAGAAAUGGUAAGGGAUGACAUCAUGGUUGAGAACUGUAGCAGGGAUGGAUUGGGAAACAGGACUGACAUGAAAACUAUAGGUGAUACUGUGGAAAAAGACUGUACUACACAUCAAGAAGAGAGAAGCUGUGAGAUGUCUAGUGAACAUGAACAUAUACAAAAACUGGUUGAAUUACAUAAUACAGAGGAAAAGUUAUGCAAAACAAAAGUAGCAGACUCAGAUUUUGCAAACACAACAAAGCAGUGUAACCUUGAACAUUGUGACCCACCAUCAUGUGGAGUUGGCUUUAGGAAGGUCAAUGCUGUGUGGGCAAAACAGUUUGACCAGGCAUGUGGGGUGGAGGUGUACAUAAACCUGAUGACUGGACACACCCAGCUGGACUGCCCUGAGGAUGACAAAGUGGACAUUGGAGCCAGCAGCAGUGUGAAUGUGUCCAUGGCAGCUAGAGGACAGAAGAAAUGGAAAGGCACUGUACACCCGUUUCUGACCCAUAAUGCCACCCCUUUCCUACCUCGUGCUAAGAGACCUUGUACUAGAGACACAGACAUUGUCGCUACCUCCAGUACCCAGAAUGCUCUGGGUCAGAUGCUGGCUGCUCACCUGGAAGAGCAAGAAGAGGAGGAGGGGUCAGGGGUCAAGUGGAGGGACAGGGUACCAACAGAACAAGAUGAAAGUGAUAACGAGGAGAGUGUAGCCCAACUGUGGAACAGCUGGGAGAACCCGGUGUUCUCCAGGACAGAGCGGAGCAUCCUGAAUGUGGCAGGAGGAACAGGAGGUACAGCCAGAGUCCGGACUGUCAUCCAGCCAUACAGGUUCAGCAGGGACAUGCUGGAUAGCAUUCAGAUUAUCGGCCAGGUGGAUAACAAGUUCAUUGCCUGUAUGAUGAAGUACAGUGACCACAACUUCACAACCAGCUCUGUUCCAAACCUGUUGGUACUGAUUGAUCAGCAUGCAGCUCAUGAGAGGGUUCGACUGGAGAGGCUACAUGAUGACUUGUAUGAAGUUGACCCUGGCAGCCCACAUCAGCGCCUGAAGUUCUCCCAUGUCAUCCCCCCUCUGGAGGUCCCGCUUCCUGCAGAGGAGCUCCGCCUCCUUCAGGCUUAUAAGUCAGCCUUUGAGAGGCUAGGACUGAACUUCAGCACUGAUACCAACAAGAUGAACACAGCCACAGUGAGCAGCCUGCCCUGCUGUGUUGUGGAGAGGGAGUACAAUGAAAGGAAGAGAGGCAGACUAGCAGUAGCUGUGGAAUUGGUGGAGAGCCUUAUAAAGGAGCAUCUUGAGUUGUUGAAAACUACAGACGGAGCAGGCGCCACUCUGCCUCCUACUCUCCACAGGAUCCUCAACUCACAGGCCUGCCAUGGUGCCAUCAAGUUUGGGGAUCCACUAGAGGAGGCUGACUGUGCUGACCUGAUCAGGUGCCUUUCUAAAUGUAACCUGCCCUUCCAGUGUGCCCAUGGGCGACCCUCCAUCAUCCCCAUCAUUGAUCUCGCUUCCCCACUUCAAAUGGAGGAGCAACCCCAGGAAUGCAGCAGACCUAAUCUGUGGAAACUCAAGCAUGACAUAACACUGGAGGGAAACAACAUUCCCACCUAAAGGCAUUGCAUGAGGGUUAGAGUCUGCUACAGGAGAGCUAGGCAGUGGUAGAUCAAAUAACUGCUGAAUACUUAUGCAUCGUUUUGAUAAGAAUUUUUAAUACUGGUGAGACAUAAACUGGUUGUAUACAUUUACACUAGCAUCACAUCUUAGCUCCAUAUUUUUGUGUGAAGUAACUUUUGGUAGGAACAUUUUGCAGUAUGUGGAUUGUGAGAGCUGUUAUUUGUUAUGUACAGUUUUCAUAGCUGUAUGUUUAUGACAAUUGUUUUUGUAAUAUGAAUGCAUAGUGCACUAGUUUUAAGUCAUUUUCUGUAUGGCUGACCCAUUGUCAUGGUAUUAGACUUACAGCCUGCGUCACACAUUAAAUAUCAUAUGUACAUAAUGCUUAUGCAGGUAUCUAAACAAAUGCGUUGUGCUAGAAAAGAUCAUAGCAAAUCACUGACUCUCUUCAUGCUAGUUAAAUCAAUUGUUACUUUGACAAAACACUUUAUUAGCAUUCAGGAUACAAUUCAAGAACUAUAUUUAGAAGGAUGUAUUUACAAUUCAAACAUGACCGAGGUAAACUCCACUGGGGACCUGUUCUGGUAAUGCUGGUAUCAUUGCAAUGCUAUGUCAUGUAGAGACAAUGUCUUUGCACCUGGUGAGGCCUGACUAUAAACAGUGGUGGUCACACAACAAAGCUUUGGAUGUGACAGGAAAUCCAGAUAGUGCUCUCCAACUGGAACAAUUGAACUUGUCUCCAACAUGUUGAUUGGUCACAUGA